CGGCAAAGGGGGAGGAGCCUCCUCUGCUUUCAAUCAAUAACCUCUGGAAUUUAGAAAUACAAGUUGAUCCUGUCUCUGGCAGGCUGUACUUCACUGUUGAGGGCGGGCUCUUUCACACACUCGACAAACUCUCUAUCCACUUCUGCCAUUCUCUCUGUCUGUUUCUGCAGGUCUGACCGGCUUUGGGGCCCAUCACAAUGGCUGAUCACACUUCUCCUGAUUAUUUCAGCUGCUCCCUGUGUCAGAAUCUUCUCAGGGACCCUGUGGCUAUCCCCUGCGGCCACAGCUUCUGCAUGGACUGCAUAAGUGGCUACUGGAAUGAAGCGGACUACACGGGGAUUUACAUUUGUCCCCAGUGCAAGAUCACAUUCACCCAGAGGCCUGUGCUGCGACCCAACGCCACCCUCAGCAUGGUGGCCGAGAAGAUCAAGAAGAGCGGCCUGAACCUCAACCUGAACACAUCCCUGCGAAACGUCUACGCCGGGGCAAAUGAUGUGCCCUGCGACUUCUGUACAGGGAAGAAACUCAAGGCGAUUAAGUCCUGUCUGAACUGUCUGGCAUGUUACUGUGAGAAGCAUUUAAGGCCUCACUACGAGUCAGCCACAUUCAAAAGGCACAAACUGGUGGACGAGCUGGGGAACCUGGACAGGAAGAUCUGCCCGCAGCACCAGAAAUCCCUGGAGCUCUUCUGCCGGACGGACCAGAUGUGUAUCUGUGCUAUCUGCACUGUCAGUGAACACAGAGGCCAUGACAUUGUGUCCGCUGAGGCAGAGAGGAGCGAGAAACAGAAACUGUUGGGAGUUUCCCAAGCUGAGAUUAGACAGAAAUGUCAGGAAAGAGUGAAGGAGCUUGAGGAACUCAAGACUGCUGUGGACUCACUUAAGAAUUCAGCCCAGAGAGCCAUGGUGGAGAGUCAGAAAAUGUUCGAGGACAUGAUUCGCUCCAUUGAGAGGAUGAGGUCAGAGGUGACCAAGUUGAUCGGCAUCAAUGAGAAGGCUGCUUUCAACCAGGCAGAGGCUUUGAUUGAGCGACUGGAGCAGGAGAUCGAUGAGCUUAAGAAGAAGGAGUCCGGCCUCAAGCAGCUGUACAGCACUGAAGACCACAUCCAUUUUUUGCAGAACUUUAAUUACCUGUGCACCCCAACUGAUGAUGGCUUCAUACCCAAGGUGACUGUUAACCCCGACUUCUCCUUCGCCGCAGUCAGGAAAGCUGUAGCUGAGAUUAAGGAGCGCCUCGAGGAGUUCGGCAGGGAGGAAAUGGUCAAAAUUUCCAAAACAGUAAAUGAGGUCCCCGUCUACACUACGGAGAGCCGGACGUUGACGUUGGACAGAAGGAGCAGGGGCAAAGAAAUGACUGUGGACAAUACUCCUGCAGAGCCAAAAGCCAGAGCUGAUUUUAUUAAACACUUCUGCCAGCUGAAACUGGACCCCAUCACUGCCUACAAAGAGCUCUACAUCUCUGAGGGCAGCAGAAAGGUAAUCCGGACCAGAGACCUGCAGCCUUACAAUGACAACCCUGAGAGGUUCGACAGCUUCGCCCAGGUGCUGUGCCGAGAGGCCCUGUCCAGAGGUCGCUUCUACUGGGAAAUCGAGUGGAGCGGGGAGUUCUCCAUCGGUGUGGCCUACAGAAGCAUCAGCAGGAAGGGCAAAGGCUCACUGUGCCUGCUGGGCUACAACGACAAAUCCUGGAGCCUCCUCUGUUCUGACACGGGAUACUCCGCCUGGCACAACCGGGUGGACAAAGCUGUCAGCGGGCCGCACUCAUCCAGGAUAGGCGUGUACCUGGACCACACGGCGGGUGUGCUGGCGUUUUAUAGCAUAGGCAGCACCAUGACGCUCCUGCACAGGUUUCAGACCACGUUUGUUGAGCCCGUCUAUCCAGGCUUUGGAGUCGGAACAUCUGUGAAGAUCUGCAAUGUCAAGUGAACACUGAUAUCUGAGCCUUCAUCUGAAAAUAUUCAGACAAUUUUUUAUUUUAUAUAAAAUACAGCAUUAAAACUGAAUAUUUUUGCAAAAAUGUAUAAUUAUAUCAAACCACAUUAAUGAAGUUCUACUAGUUAUGUUUAAAGAAGGUGAGCAUUUUUUAACCUGACACAUGCCAUAUUGUAUUAGAUUUUGCACUGUGCUGUUAAAUCACAUUUUAAACAGGGCUUACUAAAAACAUUAUUGAAAUGCACAAUUAACAUAUGCAGCAGCUGAUAUCUCUUUUACAAUUUUACAGUAUGUUAGUGUGGAGUAAAUUUAACUAUCAACAUGACAUUUAUUACACACUAUCCACAAAUUAUGUUUCUUCCUCAUAUCUAUUACACAUCAUAAUUCACACAAUAUAUUCAGCUGAAACUAUUUAAUCAAAUCUAGUGUGAGAUCUUUUACAUUCUCUAAUUUUGUAUGAUGUUUUUUUAUGAUAAAAUGUUCCAGUGUGAGGCAAUAUCGAUGUAGUUUAUGACAUCAUUCACUCGUUAAAUGUGAGUUUUGCAUCCAGGGUUGUUUUGGUUUUAUGCUUUCAGAACAUUGAUAAGAGUGCUUCAUUGUCAUUUCAUUUUGUUUCCUGCUGUUUGAUAGCUGUUGCAUCAGUUGAGACCCCUGAAGGCUUGUUUUCACGUGAACUAACUCCUAUUUAAUUUUAUGUAUGUCUUCCGAUGUAAUUAUAUAAUUCAUGUAAAGAAAACUUUUUGUAAAAAAAACAAAAGCAGAGUUCUAAAUAAAGAACUAAAUACAUGA